GAAUGGAAGAGAAUGGUUCGGAAGGGCUUGACGAAUUGAUUUUAAAAGAGGCAGACAAAUAUUUCAAAGAUGUGGAUGCUGUAUGCAUCUCAGACAACUACUGGCUUGGUGUGACUAAGCCUUGUUUGACUUAUGGGUUACGUGGAAUUUGUGCUUACAAAGUCACUAUAUCCGGCCCAGGAAAAGAUCUCCACUCAGGUGUCUUUGGUGGUACUGUCCAUGAGCCUAUGACUGAUCUAUUUCAUUUGUUCAGUAAACUGGUUACUCCGCGAGGCGAUAUUUUGAUUACAGGAAUUAACGAUGAUGUUGCGCCACUUGAUGAUGAAGAGCACCAGAAAUAUAAAUCGUUAGAGUUUUCAAUGAGCGAAUUUCACUUUGCUAUUGGUUCGAAAACAAAUAUUCACGAAAGUGAACUAGAAAUACUACAACAUAGCAAACCUGUCGCCAAUGUUCCUUACAGGUGGCGUUAUCCAUCACUUACGAUUCAUGGUAUUGAAGGUGCAUUUUCUAAUUCUGGAUUUAAAACAGUCUUACCUGCAAAAAUCAAUGGAAAGUUCUCGAUUAGAAUUGUUCCAAACAUGGAUCCUAAACGCGUUGAUAAACUGGUUGAAAAAUAUUUGAAAGAUGAAUUUACUAAACUGGGUAGUAAAAAUACUCUUAAAGUGGAGAGUUUACAUAGUGCCAAAGCAUGGCUUGCAAACCCUAAUCAUUGGAAUUAUGUUGCUGCUUCUAAAGCUGCUGAAAGAGUUUUCAACCGCAAACCUGAUUUGACGCGUGAAGGUGGUUCUAUUCCUGUUACUUUGACAUUUCAAGAUGCUUUGAAUAAGAAUGUUUUAUUACUCCCAAUGGGUCGUGGUGAUGACGGUGCACAUUCAAUUAAUGAAAAACUUGAUCGUUCAAAUUAUAUUCAAGGAAUUAAGUUAUUUGGUGCAUACUUACAUGAAGUUGCUUCCAGUAAAGCUGAAUAA